CGGGCCGGGGCGCGGCGCGGGGCGGGCGCGGCCGUUGGGGGCGGGGCGCGCGCGCCGGCUCCGCCCAGCGCUCCGUCCGCCGCCGGCGCCAUGAAGGUGAAGAUCAAGUGCUGGAACGGGGUGGCCACGUGGCUGUGGGUGGCCAACGACGAGAACUGCGGCAUCUGCCGGAUGGCCUUCAACGGCUGCUGCCCGGACUGCAAGGUGCCCGGGGACGACUGCCCGCUGGUGUGGGGCCAGUGCUCCCACUGCUUCCACAUGCACUGCAUCCUCAAGUGGCUCAACGCGCAGCAGGUCCAGCAGCACUGCCCCAUGUGCCGACAGGAGUGGAAGUUCAAGGAGUGAGCCCAGCCAGCUGUCACAGCCUCCACGCACUGGGACCCAAUAAAGCACUCCAUGCCACCAACGCCUGUCUCGUCUGUGCUGAU